GAUCCACAGGGAGACAAAAGAGUUCUUGAAAGAUCAGCUUUGAAAUUCAGAAACAAUGGAGAAGACGCAAGAAACAGUGCAAAGAAUUCUUCUAGAACCCUAUAAGUAUUUACUUCAGUUACCAGGUAAACAAGUGAGAACCAAACUUUCACAGGCAUUUAAUCAUUGGCUCAAAGUUCCAGAAGAUAAGCUGCAGAUUAUCAUUGAAGUGACAGAGAUGUUGCAUAAUGCCAGUUUGCUCAUCGACGAUAUCGAAGACAACUCAAAACUCCGACGUGGCUUUCCUGUGGCACACAGUAUCUAUGGGAUUCCGUCCGUCAUCAAUUCUGCCAAUUACGUGUAUUUUCUUGGCCUAGAGAAAGUCUUAACCCUUGAUCACCCCGAUGCGGUAAAGCUUUUUACCCACCAGCUUCUGGAACUCCACCAGGGACAAGGCCUAGAUAUCUAUUGGAGGGAUAAUUACACUUGUCCCACCGAAGAAGAAUAUAAGGCUAUGGUGCUACAAAAGACAGGUGGGCUGUUUGGAUUAGCAGUGGGUCUCAUGCAGUUGUUCUCUGAUUACAAAGAAGAUCUAAAGCCACUACUUAAUACACUCGGGCUCUUUUUCCAAAUUAGGGAUGAUUAUGCUAAUCUGCACUCCAAAGAAUAUAGUGAAAACAAAAGCUUUUGUGAAGAUCUAACAGAGGGAAAGUUCUCGUUCCCUACUAUUCAUGCCAUCUGGUCAAGGCCUGAAAGCACCCAGGUGCAGAGUAUCUUGCGCCAGAGAACCGAAAAUAUAGAUAUUAAAAAAUACUGUGUACAUUAUCUUGAGAAUGUAGGUUCUUUUGAAUACACUCGGAGUACUCUUAAAGAGCUUGAAUCUAAAGCCUAUAAACAAAUUGAUGCACGUGGUGGGAACCCUGAGCUUGUAGCUCUAAUAAAGCACUUAAGCAAAAUGUUCAAAGAAGAGAAUGAAUAAUACUAAGUCAUUCUUGAUUAGGCCUGGGAGCUUAUUUUAGUUGACUUUUUUUUUUUUUUUUUUUUUUUUUUUUUUUUUUUUUUUUGUCUUUUAGCCUAUCACUUUUUUAAAAAUUAGGACCAAGCUGUUAGUCUCCUCAAACUGAGUGAAUUGGGGUGAUGUGAGUGAGAUUGUUUCAAUUUAGAACCCCUUUGUACCGAUAAUCAUAAUAGUACAAAGUUGAUGGAAUCAAAAGGAGCCACAUUUAAAUAGGUCUAAUAUGAAUGUCAGAAUGUGCUGUGUUGGGACCUUAUGGACAACUGCCACAAAUGUUCUGCUAAUUCUAUCAAUAAAGAAGACUUCAGCUUC